AAGCGGAGCGGAGCAUGCGGGGCCGCGGCUUCCAUCGGCGGCGGGGCCGGCAUCGCGCUCCUCGGACAUGAAGCGACCACCGGGAGCUCCAGUGAUUAGUGCAAAGCUAGCUGCACAUAAAAUCUGUGGCAAGGAGCACUGGAAGACAUCUAAGAGACAGUGACCAUGUCUUUAAACUGGUGGACAAUUCCUGCUCAACUUGGAGUUUUUAACGUGAACUGCAAAGGACUGGCAUGCCUCUUGGUCUUCACAGUGAGUGUUUGUGGCAGUGCCCCAGGGAUGUGUCCAACAGCCUGUGUGUGUGCCAGUGAUAUCGUGAGCUGCACCAGUAAGAAUCUCUCUCGAGUACCAGGAAAUCUUUAUAAAUGUAUGAAAAGGCUGGAUCUGAGUUAUAACCGAAUUGGAGCUUUGGAGCCUGAGUGGGUACCAGUGCUGUUUGAGAAACUGAACACUUUGAUAAUCAAUCAUAACAUCAUUAGCAGCAUUAGCACUGGAAGCUUUUCCACAAUCCCAAAUCUGAAGUACCUAGACUUGUCAUCCAACAGCCUGAAGACGCUGGGCAGCCCUGUUUUUCAAGAGCUAAGGUCACUGGAGAUUCUUCUGCUGUACAACAAUCAGAUAGCACAGAUAGACUCUUCUGCCUUUGGAGGAUUGUACAAAUUACAGAAACUGUACUUAAGCUAUAACUUGCUCUCGCAUUUCCCACUGGACUUGUACACUGGAAAGUAUAAACUGACAGACCUUGUGUUGCUGGACGUUUCCUUUAAUCACAUUCAGUUGAUGCCUAUUCAGCGCCUGAGUUCAGUGCCAGCCAGACAUCUUAGUGGAAUUUAUCUUCACGGCAACCCAUUUUAUUGUGACUGUAUGCUGUACUCCAUGCUAAUCUUUUGGUAUCAAAGGCACUUCAGCUCAGUGGUGGACUUCAAAAAUGAAUACACUUGUUUGUUGCGAUCAGACCCAAAAGGUUACAAUAAACUGCCUUUACUGCUUGACAACUUUCUGAAUUGCUCUGAAAGCAUGGUCAACAGCUCUUUCCAAGCCUUUGGGUUUAUUCAUGAUGCGCAGGUUGGUGACAGGCUGAUUGUUCAUUGUGACAGCAGAAUCAGUGAUGCGGGCACACACUUUGUUUGGGUUAGCCCAGACAAUAGAUUGCUGGAGCCAGAUAGGGAAACUGACAACUUUAAGGUGUUUCGUAAUGGCAGCCUGGAGAUAGCAGAUGCCCAGCUAGAGGACUCAGGGCUGUACUCCUGCAUCGCAAUAAACAAGAAAAGACUAUUAAAUGAAACCAUAGAGGUUAGAAUAAAUGUUAGCAAUUUCACAAUGAACAGAUCCCACACUCAAGAAGCAUUUAAUACAGCUUUUACCACCCUUGCUGCCUGUGUAGCCAGCAUUAUUUUAGUACUGCUGUAUCUUUAUCUGACCCCUUGCCCAUGCCAAUGUAAGGCAAAAAGGAGGAAGAGGAAGCAGAACCAAAGCAGUGUCCACUCAUCCAUACUGACUUCCACACCACCACGAGAGCUGCCAGCUGACGAGAAGAAGGCUGUAAAACGGGUGGUUUUUCUAGAACCUGUGCACGAACCAAAACAGGGUCAGAAUGGGAAAGUAAAACUCUUCCCUAAUGACAAUAUCGUUGCUGAGAGUAUCUUAAAAACUACUCGAACAAAAUCCGACUCUGAUUCUGUCAACUCUGUGUUCUCAGAUACACCUUUCAUGCCAUCAACUUAGUUUGCUGCCUGUGUUUGUAUUGUGCAGUUAUCUUUCUGAAUACCUCCUUUGCUUGUAGCACUCAUCAGGAAAAAUAAAGAGAUAAAAUGUUUUAAAAAUAA